AUGUCUAGUGCCAUUAUUGCCAAGUUGGACAAAGAGGACGUCGCCAAGGACGUCGUCAAGGACCUGGAGUUCAAGCUGCUAGGAGAGCUGUCUGUUUCGUACGCCGCUACAAACGAUGUCCAAUUGGGCAACGCCAUGGCGAUGGAGGCCACGCAGAGCGCCCCUACCGUCACUUUCACGCCCUUCGACAGAGGUCAAUUGGCCGUCGGCGAUAAGCUGGCGCUGCUGAUGACCGACCCGGAUGCGCCCUCUAGGACGGACCACAAGUGGUCCGAGGUCUGCCACUACAUUGCCACGGACAUCCCCGUCGAGUACGGGCCCGGAGGCGAGAUUGCCAUCUCUGGCAAGGGUAUCGUGAGAAGCAACUACAUCGGGCCCGGCCCACCCAAGAACUCCGGAUACCACCGGUACGUGUUCUUGUUGUGCAAGCAGCCCGAGGGCGUGGAUUCUGCCACCUUCACCAAGGUCGACAACAUCGUCUCGUGGGGGUACGGCACUCCCGGUGCGGGCGCGUACGACUACAUCAAGCAGAGCAAUCUGCACUUGAUCGGCGCCAACUACUUCAUGGUUGAGAACACGACCGUCGACUUCAACUACGACAUGUGA